AUGGCAGACUACAACCCGGCCAACUUUGCCAACCGGCCGCAGGAGGAGGUCGAGGAGAUUGCCAGGAAGGGCGGCCAAAGCAGCCACAGCAGCGGCUUCGCCAGCAUGGACCCUGACAAGCAGCGUGACAUCUCGUCCAAGGGUGGAAAAGCAUCCGGCGGGUCUUUCGAGCCCGGAAGCGAGCGAGCCAGGGAGGCCGGGCGGAAGGGUGGAAAAGUCGCAGGAGGCGGCAGCAGGAUGCUCGAGGAGGACGAGGAGGACCUCUUGCAGGCCGAGGACUAG